AACUUGACUUGACAUUGACAGUUCAAUAGUGAAAAACUAAAUCCUUGUUUUGUUUAUUUUACGCGUAUUUACCUUUCCCCUAGUUUAUACAUAUAUAAUAGAGAAAAAAUGGGAAACGCUGGUCUUAAACCUCAUUAUGAGACCGCUUCAAAGACGGGGGUUUUGCAGGUCUCGGAUCACAAGCUUAAAGAAAUUCCACCUGAAGUGAUGAAUCUAUGUGAAGUUUUGCGGAACCUGGAUAUUUCAAAGAACAAAAUUGCGUGUUUACCUGACAACAUGAAUAAAUUUAAAUUACUAAAGCAGCUUAAUAUACAAGGCAACAAACUGGAAAGUCUCCCGGAUUGUAUAGGAGAUUUGAAGAAGUUGGAUCUCCUUAAUGCAUCUAACAACCAGAUCAAGUCACUGCCUCCUUCAACUAGCAAUCUGACUAAUUUGAAGAAGCUCUAUUUAAACAGUAACCACUUUACUACCUUCCCUACACAGCUGUUGGGAUUGAAAAAUUUGGAAGUGCUAGAAAUGUCUAACAAUAAAUUGGUAGAAAUACCAAAGGGAAUGAACGAGCUCUAUGUUGCUGAAUUAAAUUUAAGUCAAAAUGAAAUUUCUGUCAUUAGUGAUGAUUUACACAACGCACCAAGAUUAAAAAUAUUGAAAUUAGAUGAAAACUGUUUGAGUUUGGAUGCCAUUAGUCCAAGCUUAUUGAGAGAUUCAAAAUGUCACACAAUCAACUUAGAAGGUAAUUUGUUUGAGAUAAAACAGCUGGCUUUACUUGAAGGAUAUAAUGAGUACACGGAGAGGUAUACUGCAAUGAAAAAGAAAAUGUUUUAAUGUUCUUACACUAUACUUACUAAAUGUGAUAGUGGAUUUAAUUUAUUGAGAUAUUUCUACAUGUAUUGUGUAUGUAGGCUUUACAUGUUUUGAUUACUAAGUGCACAUGAAAUUAAAUAAGUUUGUCCCAUAAAGUGAAAAAUUGCAUGAAAUAACUCUGACUAAGCACAAAUUACAGUUCACGCUGAGUAUUAAGUAUUCUACUUCAUUACCACUUUAAAGUAAAACAUCAAGUUUUAUAAACACAUAAAUAUGAAAGUAUUUUUAUAUUUAUUUAUUACCUACUUGUAGAUAUUAUAAUCAAUUUUAUUGUAAAGUGUAAUAAUUAUAAUAAAACUCAUUGUUCCAAA